UUAAGUCACAAAAAUCUUUAUUUAAAAUUUGCCCCACUACAAACAUAAACAAAUCGAGAAAACCUUAUAACGUAAAACAAAAUAGUCCUAAUCAAAAACUCAAAGUAAAGUAACUGUUUUUUUCAGUGUAUGGUUAUUAGUGAUCCGUCCAGUCUUUGAAAAAAAAAAUAACGUAAUGUAGGUAUUAAUUCAAGUGUGCUGUAGUUUACACGAUAACAUUUGGGUCUUUGUUAACUUCUAAGGUUUAUAAUGUUGUUCUUGUUGGUACUAAGUCUAGUCAGCUCAGUUAUGUCGGUUUCAUCUAGAGGAGGAAGAAAAUCAUGAUAAUUUUUAAAGUUAAAAAAAGAAACCAAGUAUUUUAAGACAUUAUGAUAAACAUAAAAUUUAAAUAGCAUUUGUUGAAUUUUCACACAAAAUUUGAAAAACUUGCCAAAAUAAUAUUAAGUUUUUUUUUUACCACAAAUCUAUAAACAAUAAAUAAAAAUUGGGUGGUAUAGCAAUUAUUAAUACAAAUCCAAAUGCAGGAAAAGUUAAAUUAAGGCCAAAAUUAUUUAAAAGCGACUGUGGGACAAAAUAGGAGAAUAGAUAUGAAGUUUUACAGUUGCCUUUGUACUAUUUUCACUAUAAAUCCUAUUUAAAUGGCAUGGGGAUCUUUGGGAAACUUAAUAGAAUACAACUAAAAUAAUCGCUAUUUUUUUAAUUAGAAUAUAAACAUUAUUGUGUUUACGUCUAUUUUUAUGUUAACAUACUUCAAAUCUUUACUGCUUAAACUCUCAUUUUGAGAUACAGUCCCUUAAGCUUAAUUUAUAACCGCCGUAACGUAACUUAAGAACUUAACGUAAGAAGUUGAAAUAUUGAAUUUACGUAUACUUAUUUAUAAUGUUCGUAACGUAACUUAAGAACUUAACGUACCGUAGAAAGUUCACCAACUUUUAACUUAACAACAUAACUUAACUUAAGACCUUACGGUUAGCCAAUGAGAUAAUUCUGCGUUCAGCAUGUGAUAACUGUCAAUUAUUCUUUUUAUUUUUUUUUUUUAUAAAUAAAUAGAAAAAUACCAUUUGUAAACUAUCAUUCUCCUUUUUGAUGGACAUACAUUAUCAUGAAUGAUUUGUGUUUAUGUUAUUGGGGAUAAACUAUCUAUGAGAUAUGAGUGUAGCUGCAUAUACCUACAAACAUCAAGUCUAGAACUGAAAUAAGACAAAACUUUUUUGCUAGGAAAGAUUAAAUUCUCAUUAUUGCUCAAAAACAAUCAACAUCUUCGGUAAACUAUUUUGUUUUAUUAUAUUUUUAUAUUAUUGCUUUUAAAGUAGUUAAUAUAUUCUUUCUAUAUAGCAAAAUCAUAAUUUAUAAGUUUUAUUUAGAGGUUAAGUACAUAGUUUACACUUGUUUAUUUCAUAAGGUUGUCAAUAAUUUGAUAAUCUCUGAAAUCAACACGCAUGCUUUACUCUUACGUUACGGACAUUUAUAAAUAGACUUUAUUUUUAUAUCUUAGGUUAAGUUUCUACGGCGUUAAGUUAAGUUACGGUGGUUAUAAAUUAUACUUAACAGUCCUUGAUCAGACACACCACCCUGUAUUUCAUCGAUUGGCUAACCUAGAUUAAAUUUCAAUCGUCGACGGACUUUUAACAAUGACAAGAUGUCACAUAAUCAUAUCUGUUUAAGCACAUCGACUAAAUCAAUCCAAAAAUUUAUAAAAACUGUAACAGUAAUUGGAGGAGGUAAAAUUGGAUCUGGUAUAGCCCAAUUAGCCGCUCAGAAUGCACAGAACGUACUUUUAGUAGAAAUCAACGAGGAAUCCAUAAGGAAAUCCUUUGAUAGGAUCGUAGAUUCUUUGAGUCAUACGGCGAGAAGUAUUUACAAGUAUAAUGACGUAAACGUUAAGAAAUAUAUCGAAAAUACUAUAAGUUAUCUCAAAGGCACAACCAAUACAAAAACAGCUAUCGAAAAAGCAGAUCUGGUAAUUGAAGCCAUACCCGAAAAUUUUGAAAAGAAAGUCAAACUUUUUAGAAGCCUAAACGUAUCGGCUUCGUCGCAAACAAUUUUCGCAACCACAACUGAUUCCCUGUCAGUUACAGCGAUUGCCGAAAAAUCGUUAAGAAAAGAACGUUUAUUGGGGCUACAUUUUUUUCAUCCUGUAGUCUCGACUAAAUUAGUAGAAGUAGUUAAAAAUCCCUUUACAAGUCAAGAAAUUAUGGAGUCUGUGAUUGAUUGGUGCAAAAGUAUCGGCAAGACAACUAUUAUUUGCAACGAUUCCCCGGGCUUCAUCGUGAAUAGAUUAAUAAUCACCUAUGUCACAGAAGCAAUCAGACUGAUGGAAAAAACAGGCGUUUCAAGAAAAGAUAUUGACACAGCCAUGAGAUCAAUUAUGGGUCAAGAUUUGGGUCCCAUUCAGCUAGCCGACCAUCUUGGUCAUGAUACUAUUUUAAAUUUGGUAGAAGCAUGGAGGUAUAAAGAACCCGAAAAUAUGAUUUUCCAACCUUGUUUAUCGCAAAAACGUUUAGUCGAAAAGGGAAAACUUGGAAUGAAAAGUGGAGAGGGUUUCUACAAAUACAACGAUUUAAAUUACUGGAUCAGAACGUUUGCCCAUCUAUACAAGAAUAAGAAAGAUUGGUCGAAGCAUUACCAGAUUUGGAGAAGAACGAUCAAUAAAAAUAAGAUCAAAAAGGUGAAUUAAUUGUAAGACAUUUCAAUGUUUAUUUUAUAUUUAUACGUAAUAAAAGUAGAUGAGUAUUAAUUUGACUGUUUAUUUAGUUACUUUCGACACAUUCUGAUGCUGCUGUAAAAAAGAAACAGAUUAAAUUAAUAAGAAUGACAAAUGACAACACUGAUUAGCAACCUAAAAAAAUCUUGUGAGACAACCAAUGUAACCAAGUUAAAACAGGUCCUACAUACAAAAUGACUUACCGACGACACGACUGGUCUUAGAUGUCACAUGAAAGAAAAAUUACUUCAAAACGAUACUUACCACUUAGUUACCAUCUGCGUCUAAUCUUUGCCUUUUAUCAGGUCUUUCUUCUGCUUCAAAUACUUUAAGGCGCGUCCCAAGAACCUCCGCUCCGUGUAGAGUCU